GAAGUAGGCGGCCCUGGGAUAGAGAAGGGCCUUUGUUUGUCAUAGGUUAUGCCCUACUGUUUGGCAGGGACUUGUUAUGAGGCAUCCAGCAACUCCGGGGUUUUCUCAGCCAUCCCAGGAAUACAUCAUGGGGAGCAGGAAAAGGAAAUGCAAGACGCCAGCUGCGCGGCAGCUUAUAAAUUGCCCCCGCUGGACGCCUCCACGUGUUACUGAAUUCUCGUAGUAGCGUAUUUCUUGCCCACCUUCCUGUAAUGCAGUCUUCCACAACCUGAUACCCUCAGAAAAUGUUUGCUGCCUGUCUUUGAGGAAGACUCAUGCUUGAAAACUUUGGUCCCUCUGUAUGUUUAGGACAACAGUCAUCAUGGAAAAAGAAGGAGGCCUCCCCUCUACCAUACAAAUGAAACAACUGGAAAUCCAGUACCUUCUCCAGUCAGUUGAAUGCUUUAUCAUUGGGAUGAUUGCUUAGAAAAAUCGGAAAGGCAGAUGAGAAGGCAGUAGAGGACAGUCACAAGGCAUCAGAAAGGCCAGCAUGAACUGGAGCUAGAAAAGGCCACUUGCUUCAUACUGCACUGAGAAAACAGGAGCGUGUCAUGAUGGAGGCUGAAACCAGCAAGAAGCAAGAGGGGCAAGAGCAGAAAGAGUCAGGAGAUGCCCAGCCUGCACCAAAGGGAGAGAGUGAGGCUGGGAAAACAGGGGCUGCUGAGAAGGAGGCCCAUGCAGAGGGGGAAGCUGGGAAAACGGAGGCUGCUGGGAAGGAGGUCCAUGCAGAGGGGGAAGCUGGGAAAACGGAGGCUGCUGGGAAGGAGGCCCAUGCAGAGGGGGAAGCUGGGAAAACAGAGGCUGUUGCAAAUGAGGUUACAAGUGACAAUGAACCAACAAGAAAGGCUUUGGGAGCUGAGGAAGUGCAGGGAACUGAGACAGUGGAGAAAGGGAAGGAAGGUGGAGAAGGUGAACAGGUAGAGACUGAGGAGAGAGUGGCUGUGGGUCCCUCUGGAACUGAGGCCAAGGAAGAAGGAAAAGAUUCUGGAACAUCAGAAGAACAGCAGAAAGGAGAAGGAGGGAAAGCUGAUGCUUCAGAGGAACAUACCAGCACUUCCAGUAGAGAGGGCCGAACUGACAGCACUUCAGAUGAGCCUCUCUCACCCGGGCCAGAAGAAGAGGAGGAGGAGGAGUAUUGGCCAGAAUUUCCUCCCAGUUCUCCUGGUGAGAGCCCACAAAGCCCUACAGAGUUGAAAACUUUGGAAACAGGUGGCACCACCUCAGGCCCAGCUGCUCCCGAAGCUGGCACCGGGGACACUGCCAGCAGUGAGGCAGCCCCAAAAGGGAAUCAGGAGCAACAGCCUGCACCCGAGGAAGCAGCUGCCAAGGAGAAAAAGAAGAGGCCCACCUUUGACAGAAGAGAGCUAACCAGGCCACGCAUGCCACCCAGAGUUCAAUCCCGCAAGGCUAUUGUGGAAAAGUUUGGAGGUGCUGCCACUGGUCCUGCCCCCAACAUCAAGAGGACAGGCGGUGCAAAUACCGUGAAGAACAUGCUGCUGGAGUGGUGUCGGGCCAAGACACGUGGCUAUGAACAUGUGGACAUCCAGAACUUCUCCACCAGCUGGAGCAGCGGCAUGGCCUUUUGCGCCCUCAUCCACAAGUUCUUCCCAGAUGCCUUUGAUUACGCAGCUCUCGACCCGGCCAAUCGUAGGGAGAACUUUGCCCUGGCUUUCUCCACUGCCGAGCAGAAGGCCGACUGCGCACAGCUUCUGGAGGUGGAUGACAUGGUGCGCAUGAAGGUUCCCGACAACAAAUGCAUCUACACCUACAUCCAGGAACUUUACCGCAGCCUGGUGGCGAAAGGGCUAGUGAAAACCAAGCAGAAAUAAGAAAGGAAGGCAGGAUUAUGCUCAAGGCCGACUAGAACCUGGAGGGAAGCUUGGUGGACAGGGAGAAGGCAACAUGGGACAUACCCAGGUAAUUCUGGAUAUGCUAGAAUUCUGUUACCGCAUUGGAUCAACUCAUAGUGGGUUAUCUUCUCUAACACUAAAGUCUGCUACACAGAGACUUUUUGCUGGUGAGCUCUUGAGAUGUGCAGGAGCACCCCCCCCCCGCCCCAAAUAAUCUUUCAUACAAAUACUACCCAUAAUGUUUGGCCAUCUUGCUUCCACGAAAGCAGAACUAGCACCAUGUGUCUGUCUGAAGAAGGCAUAACUUGGAACAAGCAAGUCACUCCUGCAGUUAUUACCUUCAAUUCCACACCGUUCUCUUGGUAAAUCCUCUUCCAUGCUGCAGUCACACUUCUCCUUACGGAACACCAGAUCCAUUAAAACAAAACUGUAUCAAGUC